UGGAAAACGUUGAGAGUGUCACUACUGAGCGAGCAGAAAAGUCCAGAAACAUUUCAGGACAUUUUCUUCCCUUAAUAAAAUAUUGUGCUGCUGAUUUUUUUUUAUUCAAUCGUAAUUUGCUGUAACGGAAGAAAAACACAAGGAUCAGAUAAUAGCGGAGAGAGUUGGCAGGUUGCUGCAAAACAGCUGAACCCAGUGAGAGAAUAUGUCUCUGCCCAAGCGUGAGGUGGAUGAGCUGAAGCCAUGGGUGGAGCGAACAGUAAAGAAGGUCCUUGGCUUUUCCGAACCCACUGUGGUAACUGCUGCAUUACACUGUGUUGGAAAAGGCUUGGACAAGAGAAAAACCACAGACCAACUUAGGCCGUUUCUUGAUGAUUCGGCUAGCAGCUUUGUGGAGCGACUGUUUGAGGCUCUGGAGGAAAGCAGAAACUCUCGUGGGAAUAAAGGAGCAGGAGAGAAGAACCGCAAAAGAGAACUCAAGGAUGUGUUUGGAGAUGAGGUGGAGGGAGUGAAGGAUAAAGAGCGUGUCGAAUCAGUGGUGAAGAAGAAGAGAGUUCCUCGCUUUGAGGAGGUGGAGGAACCGGCUGUUAUACCUGCACCCCCUACAGAGAGCCCUGGCAUGCUCACCAAGAUGCAGAUCAAGCAGAUGAUGGAAGCAGCCACACGCCAGAUUGAAGAGAGGAAGAAACAGUUGAGUAUUGCGACUCCAUCUCCCAUUGUUCAGCCUACACUUUUGGUGAUUCCCCCGCAGACAGACACCAGUGCUCCAUGUCACAUCCCAUCGGUGGGUUCAGCCCAGUCUAUCGCCCCCUCCCAGGCAGCUAACUUCAUGAAUGACGCUAUAGAGAAGGCCCGUAAGGCAGCUGAGCUACAGGCCAAGAUCCAGUCCACGCUGUCUAUGAAACCAGGGAUUCUAGGUGCUUUGAACAACACAGGUCCACAUAACCUGAUGGCCUUGGCCAACCUGCACGCCAUGGGCAUCGCACCACCUAAAGUGGAGCCUCGUGAGAUCACAAAACCAACACCCCUUAUUUUGGAUGAGCUUGGACGAACCGUUGAUGCCAGUGGCAAAGAAAUUGAGCUCACUCAUCGUAUGCCCACCCUGAAAGCAAACAUCAGAGCAGUGAAGAGGGAGCAGUUUCGGCAGCAGUUAAAGGAAAAGCCAAGCGAUGAUCUGGAAUCCACUUCUUAUUUUGACCCACGUGUGUUACUCGCUCCAGCACAAAGAGCCAAAAAAGGUUUCAGAUUCCAUGAACAGGGCCGCUUUGAGAAGAUCGCCCAACGUAUACGCACUAAGUCUCAACUGGAGAAGCUACAGAUGGAGAUCGCUCAGGCUGCUAAGAAGACAGGCAUUCAGGCCUCCACUAAACUGGCUCUUAUUGCUCCUAAGAAGGAGCUAGGAGAGCGAGAGGUUCCUCAUAUAGAGUGGUGGGACUCUUACAUCCUACCAUCCAACAUAGAGCUAUAUGCAAAUACUAAUUUGGAUGUGAUCGAACUGCAUGGAGUCACUAACCUAGUUGAGCACCCGAUUAAGAUGGCCCCAUCAGUGGAUACAGAUAUGCUGGUGACUCUGGGUGUAUAUUUGACUAAGAAGGAACAAAAGAAGUUGAGGAGACAGACUCGCAGGGAAGCACAGAAAGAAAUGCAGGAGAAGGUCCGAUUGGGCCUCAUGCCUCCACCUGAACCCAAAGUGAGAAUCUCUAAUCUGAUGAGGGUUUUGGGGACGGAGGCUGUGCAGGACCCCACUAAAGUAGAAGCUCAUGUGCGAGCACAAAUGGCCAAGAGACAAAAGGCCCAUGAGGAGGCAAAUGCAGCACGUAAACUCACAGCAGAACAAAGGAAAGAGAAGAAGGUCAAGAAGCUCAAGGAGGAUUUGAGUCUCGGGGUUCACAUCACUGUUUACAGGAUCCGAAAUCUGCAUAACCCAGCCAAGAAAUUUAAGGUGGAAGCCAAUGCAAACCAGUUGUACCUCACUGGUACAGUGGUGCUACACAAAGAUGUCAACAUUGUAGUAGUGGAGGGAGGACCCAAAGCACAGAAGAAGUUUAAGCGGCUGAUGUUGAAUAGGAUCAAAUGGGAUGAGCCGAACUCAAAGAGAGAUGAGCCUGAAGGGUCCGAUGAUGAGGGUACCAGGAAGAACAAUAAAUGUACCUUGGUUUGGGAGGGCACAGCCAAGGAACGUAGCUAUGGAGAGAUUAAGUUUAAGCAGUGUCCUACAGAGAGCAUGGCUCGGGAACAUUUUAAGAAGCAUGGCACCGAGCACUACUGGGACUUAGCUCUGAGUCAGAGCGUGCUGGAGACAACCGACGAUUGAGACAUGGACAGAGUGGAGCAGAAUCUGAAAUGACUCAAGAAAAUGCAGUGGAGUCUAUGGCGUGUACACAGCUAUUUUUUGUUUUUGAGAGAAGUGGAAUGGACCGGCAUAGAGAAACGUGUGUAAAUACAGCUCGAGUGUGUGAGAGAAUGAUGAUGAGUGUUUUGCGUGCCUCCCUUACAGAUGUAAAGCAAAGCAAAACUUAAGAACAAGAGUUGUUGUGUUUAACUUCGUUGUUAACCUACUUAAACUGCAGAAAACAUGUUGGCAGAUUGAACAAGGACUUUAGUUGAUGCAAUGGUUUUGUAUCUCUUGUAACAGUCUCGAUGUAAUCAGCAGUUUGUGAUCAUGUUUUAUGGUUUCUACCGUGGAUCCACCUUGUUUGAUGUAUUGAUGCAGUCUUGUAGAAAAACAAAGAAAACCUCACUCCUGUUAUAAGAAGUUAAUUGACACUGUGUUGUUUGUUACUUAAUGAGCAGACAUGUUUCGGUGCAUAACGAAAAGCAUUGGUUUGUAAAUAACACACAAGGUUAUGUUUAAAGUGUUGUCAUGCAUGUUUAAAAGAAAUUGGAUUUUAUUUUUAUUUAUUUAUUUUCAUUUUGGCUCACAUAUACCAAUUUCCAGUAGAAAGACAACCUGGCCUGAUGAAUCUGCUUAUGACACAUCGUUUUGUUUUUUGUACCCUAUUGUUUUUCCUAUUUGUUUUCUCUUGACAAGGACACAAAUGCAGAUAUCAGCUGUACAUAAACUUCAAAUAAACAAAUGCUGGUGAUUAAAGCUGGAAGAAAAAAGAAAAUGAAGGUUGUUUUGAUAUUUUUUUUUAGAUCUGUUUAUUAAUAUUCUAAUAAGUCAGUUAUGUAAACAAUAUGAUUUAAUAAAUGUAAUUUAUCCAUAUCCUACUACAUUACUGUUCAAAAAUUUUAGAAGAAAUGAAUGCUCCUGUUAAACAAGGUUGCAUUAAAUCGAUCAAGAAUUACGGUAAAGGGAAUGUUACAAAUGUCUUUCUAUUUAAAUAAAUGUUGUAUUCUUAAAACAUCCAAUAAUCCUUUAUAUUUGCAGCAAUGCACGUGUUUGGCAUGUUCAUUAAGCUGCCAGGUUAUGACCUCU